AUGACCGCCGUCAACAUGCAGAUGAUGCCGACCGGGAUGCCCCUAGAUUUUUUGCCUGCGCACCCCUCUCACUCUCGAUCCAACUCUGUCUCCUCUUCCUCGACCCACUCUUCCCACUCGCGCCCGCAGUCCUCCCACGGCGGCUUCAAUCGCAUGCAGCCAGGCCUCGUCCCGUCGUCGGAAGACCUCUACCGUGCCUCGUACCACCUCGGGCACCAGAAUCUCAUGCAUGGGGACUCUCAGCCCCCGAACCACAACAUCACGAACCCAGCGCUGAAGGGUGCCCCUCUUCGCCCCAGUCACAUCCGUGCCAGAGUGGCCGCAUCCCCUUAUCCCCGCGAUACAGACAGCGUCCACUCCUCGUCAAGCGAGACAGAGGACAUCUCGAUGUAUCUCGGUGCUCAGGUUCCUGAGUACCAGCCGAUGUUUGGGGGACCCCCUCCCACCAUGGCUCCCAGUCAGGAGGCAAUGCAUGCUGCAGGGGCCUUUGGUCGAAUGACACUCAGCCCAGAUCAUGCUCUCGAAAAACUGGCGGCCAACGUUCGGGCGGCUACCACCACGAGCGCCUCUGAUAGGGCGAAGCAAAUUUUUGUCCAAGCCUGGCUCACCGCGAACUAUGCCCCGUACCCCGACGGCAAUGUACCCCGCCAGGGCCUCUACUUUUCCUACCGCAGAGUUUGUGACCAGUAUGGUAUUCCCCACAUCAAUACGGCUACCUUGGGCAAAGCUAUUCGUCUCUGCUUCCCCACCAUCAAAACUCGCCGUUUGGGCGUCCGAGGAAAUAGCAAAUAUCAUUAUUGCGGCAUUAGGCCUGCCACUUCGGCGGAAGCUGAAUGGCUUCAGGACUAUAUUCACAAGUCAAAUAAUAAUGCAGCGCAAGCCUCAGUCAACGCAGCGCGCCUCAACAAUGAACAAGAGUCGGCGACUAGGAGCGAGGAGAGGUCGGAUGAAGACGAAGAAGAAGACUCAGAGGGGAAUGGUUCUGUCCCUGGAUCCAAGCGGAAUUCCCUCACGUUGGCGGGCGACAUCAAGGGAAUGGCCUUUACUGACGAUUUGAGUGACAAGACUCCGACGGCGGCGACUCUCCUAUCUCAAGUCCAAUCAGCGGGCCGCCCUUCGGGUACCUUCCCUCCUCAUGCUUCGAUCCGGCGGCACCCAACGCAGGAGCCAAAUUUGACUCUCCAAGCUCACUCUCCUGCCACCCCUAACUCUGCCACCUCCUACCUCUCCCCUCAGCAAAAUUUGUCUGUUCGCCAGUUUCCUCAUUUCCCCUCCAUCGAAGAUGCAGUCGCCAAUUCAACCUCUUCCCAUGGAAUAGCGGCCAGAGAAGUAUGGGGAUGGUUCCAAGACCAUCUUGAUGCACUCCUGGAAAGUGUUCGCUCUUUCCGAGUCGACCAAUUCGAGAUGCAUUUGCGCACUUUUUGGACGAACUUGAGCGGUGUGCAUCGCGAAAUCGUCCAUGCUCCUGCUAUUGCGGGUCUCAUGGCUAAGGCUGAUGCGAUUGUAUACGAUAUGGAGAAGAUUCUGCUUGUCGCGCUCGAAAACUAUGGCAACACAUUUGUUGAGCCAAAGGUAGAAUUAGGCGCUCGCUUUGGACACCUCAUACUCCGAUUCCUCGACAUCUAUCAAGUCACCCAAGCUUUGAACACCGUCCUUACCAACCAGAAACAACUGGCAGAAAUGCGCCGGUCAUGGCAGAAAGUUGAUUUUGAAUCUGUUCGAAAUCAGUCUGCUCUGGUCUGUAACUGCCGUCAUGAAGAUUUGGUGCAAUUGCUCGAGGUCGAGUUUGUGUCCGUUUUGGAGAGUCUGACGAAGAGCACGGAACCAGUGCGUGAGGUGAUGAGCUGGGCGGAUAAAUGCUGCGAGAGGUUAAUGGGAAGCAGCCGCACUAACCAUGCUGGUCAAGAGGAGAGGGGGACGAUGAGCUCUCGCAGUGUACUUAUCCGAUGGGGAUACGUUACGAGCCAAGUCAUGAGAGAUCUGACUAUACGCAGCGACCCAGCGUUCGGAGCGUUCCAAAUCUUGAAGCUCUUCCUCGAUGAUUGGAUCGCGGUCAACGUUUUGAGAAGCGUGGCGCUCUCCACAAAUUCUGUGGCAGCGUCUGUUGAACCAGUUAUGCAACAGCAAUUCUUCUCUCUAUCGCCCAUGGCCGGACAGGAGAAUUUUGGUUCGAUGGAUGUGCGACCUCAACAUAUGAUGGCCCACACGCCGACGACAUCGAGCAUGUUGGCUGCUCUGCAGCACGAUUCGUAUGGCUCUGGUACUUUGGACCCCACGGGUUCCGCGUUCAAUACGGAUGCCUAUGGGUCCAUGUCGUACAUGGACCCCGCGGCCUCUCAAGAUGACGCUCUCGGUUCUAGCCACCAGGCGGGCCUAUCCUUCUCUGAUUUCACUGGUUCAGGCAACGCCUUUGACGUUUCGAGUUUCACUUCUCAGGACCUGGGACUCAACUCAUCGGCCACCGAACCGGAACAUGAAGCGGAAUCCGUCAAGGCGGAACAGCCAGCGGCGUAA